UCUGAGCCUCACCGGUGUUUUAACCAUAAUGGGGAGAGACGGUGACAAGCGGUAACACUUGUCCCCCUGAAUUAAUUGGCGAGGGUGACGACAGGAAAACUAAAAUUCCCCCCCUCUCCUUGUCGUAAACCGGCCCGAGUGGUCGCCAACUACAUGCUCCGCAUUCAGCAGCAGCCUCGAAGAAACAGCGGAGAGAGACUCAGCAUCGAGCUGCUGUGUCUGCAGCCGAGGAGGAGAGAGGGAUGCGAGGAUUUGAAAGGAGAUAAAUACAGCACAUUCGUCAUUUUUUAAAAUUUAAAUGAUUCCCUGUCAGUAUGGGGUGUGUGUUCAGUUAACAAAGACGGAGAUAAACCUGAUUUUUGUUCUCUAUCGUUUUGGUAAGCUCCAGUCGGUGAAAAAAUGAGGAUAAUAUGCAGAUAGGGCGUUUUUAAAGUCCACCUUUUUGUCGUGGGCAAGCGGCUAGCGUUAGCCAGGUUUCUCCCAUGGACCUGCUCCUGCUAGCGUGAGUUUAUUAGCCCAGGUUUUUUUUUUGUGUGGUCGGUGGUCAUUUCUAUUCGCUUUUUGAACUAGCUCUCGAUAUCGGAUGAAAUCUCGUCUCUGCCAUCCAUCCCAGUGUUGUGUUAGGGGCCUCUGCUGCCAAACUGCGUCACCGAGUGGGCACUGCAGGUAUUCAUCCCCAGUCUGCGUGUUAGGAAGUCUAGCCAUGGCACGCAUGACCUGGAAACCAAAGUGACUGAACUUUAAAAAAGAAAGAAAAAAUCACCAUGGAGCCAGAGGCCAAUUCAAACUCCGAGGCCCACCAAGGACUGAAAUAUCCCAAGUCUCAGUGUGAACUGGCUGUCAAUAUGCAUGAGGCCAUGGGUGAUGGGAAUGUCAAUCUUAUGGACUCAGUAGUGAGAGGUGGGAGCGACCCCAGUGCAGACCCUUCCUCCAGUUAUCAGAGGAAUGUGCAUCAGAGAUUCAUCAGGAGAAGUCUGUGGUUCUCGGACACAGACGAGCAAGCUUUUGAAGCACCUGAAUGUGAUAACAGGAGUAAGGCCCUGAACAUAAACCUGCGAACAAUAGUCGAUAGGACGCUGGGGACUAGUGGUGGGAUACAGGAGGGCUCCAGCACUGAAAGUCAAGGUGGGCAAAAAGACAGUGCAACAGAGAGUGCCAGCGCCGACGAAAAGGAGAAAGGUGGAGAUGCAUUAAACGUCACAUGCAACGAUGGUGGUAAAAACGCCAUCAAGGCAGCCAGCGAGGAGACUGAGGAGGAGGCAGAGAUGAAGGCAGUCUCGACAUCUCCGGGAGGAAGGUUUCUCAAAUUUGACAUCGAGCUGGGGAGAGGGUCCUUCAAGACGGUCUACAAGGGCCUGGAUACUGAGACCUGGGUGGAGGUUGCGUGGUGCGAGUUGCAGGAUCGCAAGCUGUCAAAAGUGGAACGCCAGCGCUUUAAGGAGGAGGCAGAGAUGUUGAAGGGUCUUCAACAUCCCAACAUUGUCCGUUUCUAUGACUUUUGGGAGUCACCCGUUAAAGGGAAGAAGUGCAUUGUUUUAGUAACAGAGCUCAUGACGUCAGGAACGCUAAAAACCUACCUGAAGCGCUUCAAGGUAAUGAAGCCCAAGGUUCUAAGAAGCUGGUGCAGACAGAUCCUGAAAGGCCUUCACUUUCUCCACACCAGGACCCCUCCCAUAAUCCAUAGGGACCUCAAAUGUGAUAACAUCUUUAUCACUGGACCUACGGGGUCGGUUAAGAUAGGGGAUCUAGGACUGGCCACACUCAAGGCGGCUUCCUUUGCUAAGAGCGUCAUAGGUACUCCAGAGUUCAUGGCUCCAGAGAUGUAUGAGGAGCACUAUGACGAAGCAGUGGAUGUCUACGCAUUUGGCAUGUGUAUGCUUGAGAUGGCCACCUCAGAAUAUCCCUACUCCGAGUGUCAGAACGCUGCUCAGAUUUACCGCAAAGUCACUAGUGGAGUGAAGCCAGCCAGCUACAACAAGGUCAUGGAUCCUGAAAUCAAAGAGAUUAUUGGGGAGUGUAUCUGCCAAAAGAAAGAGGAGCGGUAUACCAUCAAGGAUCUGUUGAACCACGCUUUCUUUGCUGAGGACACAGGUGUGAGGGUCGAGCUCGCUGAGGAGGAUGAUGGGAAAAAGGCCUCAAUAGCCCUGAAAUUGUGGGUGGAGGACCACAAGAAGUUAAAAGGGAAGUAUAAGGAGACAGGGGCCAUCGAGUUCACGUUUGACCUGGAAAAGGAGGUUCCUGAGGUUGUUGCGCAAGAGAUGGUGGAGUCUGGCUUCUUCCAUGAGAGUGAUGCUAAGACUGUGGGAAAGUCGAUCAGGGACCGUGUGGCACUGAUCAAAUGGAGAAGAGAGAGAACAGUGUCUGCUGCAGUUCCAGUGGAUCAAGGUGAAGGGGGGAGCAGGGUCCAGAUGACACCAUCUCAGGGCAUCUCUGUUGGGGCAGCACAUAUAGGACAGGCCCCUCUGCUGGAGCCAGAAGAACCAGAGGCAGACCAGCACAACCGGCUACGUAACCUACCAGCCAGUGCCACCUCAGUGACAUCAGACAGCACACUUGACAGUGGCAUGGGCUCCACUGUGUACUCAGACUCCCACAGCAGCCAGCAGAGUGUCCUCUACCAGUCCCUGCUGGAGCCUAUCACUAUGGCAACGCAGCAGUGCCAGAGAAGUAGCCCUGUUCUGACAGAUCGACCACACUCCUGUGAAAAGGGUGAAGUAUGGGGGGCAGCACUGAGCCCAGAGCACAGGACUCGUUUGGGAGCUGCAGCCCGGAGAGGAAGUGCUCCUGUUAUUGACACUCAAAGGUCAAACCACAUCGCUCAACUCCAUGCUCUCAUUCAAUCUCAGAGAUCAAUCAGUCCCACCCCUACAGUACCAGAACACCAAUCAGUGCUCAGCCCCACUGAGCUUCACUCCGAGGCUGAGGAUGGGUUCCCCUCCCAGAGUGCUCUGCCAGUACUGCAGGUGUCCCCUGUCUUUUCACCUCCUGAGUCCCGCCGCUUUAGUGACACCAGUAUCAAGUCUUCAUCAAAGGUUAUCAGUGAGAACUUGUCACUGCCUGUGCCAAGUGGACGCAGACACUCUGACCUCAGUGGUCUCCUAAGUUUAACCUCUCAUCAUAACCAUAUGUAUAGAAACCAUGUGUGCCAGGCCUGCCUCUCUUUACUUCUUCUGAAGUCACGAGAGGGGAGCCACCGCCAUCCUUCUGUUGUGCCAACACACCACUGUCCAUGUGACUUUAGACACCAGCUGUCCCCCAGUGGAACAAUGACCACCUCUGGUAAUGGACGGCCAAAGGGUCUGAGUGAUUGUUCAGAUUUCUCAGUGCUGCAGAAGUCCCUGUUGAAUAUAAUCUGCCGCAAAGCAGCCCCUUGUCACACCACACCCUCCCAAGCCUCCCUACUGCACACGUCAGCUGCCCACAAAUCUGCCCGCAGUAUUGGAGACAGAAACCUGAAGAGUCAUCUCCAGACUGGCAGUUCAGGUGGGGACCAAGAACACCUCCAGGACUACAAGGAUAGAUUCUGUGCCAGAGAGCAGCAAGUUACCGGUGCUGUAGGAGUGGCCAGUUCUGCAGGUCACCAGAAUCAACCAUCUGUCCAGGGCCUGCCUUCAUCCAGCACAGCAGUGCACACACCUCUGCAGUACCUCCAGCCUGGACACAGCUACCCUGCUGCUCCGUAUCCUGGCCAGCCCAGUGCUGCAGCACCAGCUAGUCUGUGUUCAGUCAACAUCCAGCAUGCAGUCAGUGCUGCCAACUACACACCUUCAAAUGUGCAACAGACCCAAGCCACAGCAAAUAUCUCAGCAUCAGCUGUGCCACAACAUGUUGCACAGAGCUACCAAGCGCUAGGUCAUCAACAACAGCAGGCAAGCUCUUCGAUAUUUCCCUUACAAAUCCAACAAACUUGUCAGAACUGUGUGGCCCCAACUCAACAGUCACAAUCUGCAUCAGGAUAUCCUACUACAGUCCAGCAACAGACUGCUGCGGCGGCAACCAGCCUGCCAACACAGCAGCCAGCACAAAGCUACCCUCUUGCAUCUGUAGCCUCAACUAUGGCAUCUAUGGCCCAGUGUCACCCUGCACAAGCUCCCAGUGCACUGCAGCAGGUCCAAGCUGCAGUUAAACUGCAAAGUCAGCAACCUGGUCUGAGCUCCUCUCCACCAGCACUUUACAGCCAACAGAUACACGUUCAGCAAGAGCACCAACAGCCCUUAAUGCAAAAUACACAAUCCAGUAUACACCAUACACAAAAUGCCGGGCAGGCUUACAUUCAGCCUCAACUCCAACAUAUCCAAGAAACUGUGCAUGUCAUACACCAACAGAUGACACAGCCUACCCAUCAGUCCCCUGGUCAGCAACAAGUACACACCCCAACUCUACAGCAUCACAGUCAGAAAGUCAUGCAGACAGCAGAUUCCCAACAGAGCCAAGAUGUAUCUCAGUUGGCAGUUCUACAGGCUCCUGCCUCUCAGUCUCAUCACACACCAACCCUAGUUGCACAAGUUGCCGCCACACAUCAGAAUUACCCCGAUGCUAGCUCUCAGAGCUAUGCACAUUCUGCCCUCAAUGUCCUACAGCAACAGACUGCUCCAGCUCAAAGCCAGUACCUGCCCGCACAGUCUACCACUGCUCCAGCUGCUUCCCAGCAUAGCCAGGCUGCUCAUAUGACCCAACAGUUUCAACCCUACCUUUGCGUCGCUGCUUUCCUGAAUCAGAAUAUUCCCUCUGGUCAAGGCCUUUCACAACUUGGACAAGAUGGACAGAGCAAUGUGCAAAAUCUCACCCAGUCAGCUUCAAGUGUCCCAGCCCAGGCACUACCUCUUCAACAGUCAAUGGCUCAGGCUGCUGUCCACCAGCAGCUGCAACCUCUGCAGAUUUCAACUUCGCUACCACCAACGCACCCAUCCCAGCAGGUUCCUCAGCAGGCCCAGGUCAGCCAUCCUGAGCUUGUCCCUGCUGUUCAACCAGUCCAGCCUGCUCAGCUCACCCAACCUGCAGUCUUCUCCGCGCCUGUGCAGAAUGCUUCAGACCUGGGCACAGCUGCUGUUGCCCAGCUGGAUCACAAGAACCCAUGCCAGCUGCCCCCGCAGGCCCAAAGUCAGGUUCAGAGCCAGAUUCCUGUGCUGCAACCCUCUGACUCUCAGAGAGGAUUGUCUGGGUCUGCCAGCUCCAGUCUGACUCAGCAGAAACAGCUCAGUGCUCUUGCAGGAGCUGCAGGUCAGGGUCCAACAGAGACCAACAUGGAGGAUCUAGUAUCAGAGAAACAAAGUGGAGGGCAGAGCUAUGACAGUGUCAACUCUGAUGCCACAUCAGGGAAGGAGAUGAGUGAUGGUUAUGAGGGGACACAUGGAAGUAAAGGCGAGGGGAAAGUCCGCAAACACCACCGCAGGUCAACACGCACUCGCUCUCGGCAAGAGAAGAUUAGCAGACCAAAGCUCAAUAUGCUCAACGUGUGUAACACAGGGGAUAAGAUGGUAGAGUGUCAGUUGGAAACUCAUAACCAUAAGAUGGUGACUUUCAAGUUUGACCUGGAUGGAGAUGCACCAGAAGAGAUUGCUACAUACAUGGUGGAGAAUGAUUUCAUUCUGCUUGUAGAGAAAGAAGUAUUCAUUGAGCAGCUGAAGGACAUUGUGGACAAGGCUAUGGACAUGCUGAGUGAGGACACUGAGGGUGAGAGGAACUCUGACCAAGGAGGCAGUCCCAAGCAGACUGAAGGAGCUGGCACUCUGGGAAUGGAGGGAUUGAAGGCUUCUGCACCCAGUACUCCACUGGUGUACCAGCAAAAUGUCCUCCACACUGGCAAGCGCUGGUUUAUCAUCUGCCCUGUGGCUGAGACGCCCCUGCAAGACAAAGAGAAGACUACACCUCACACUUCUGCAGCCCAGGAAUCUGAACAGUCUGCAUCAUCAUCAGUCAGGCACAACAGUAACACCACUGCAGUGUCUACCCAGGUCGCCUCUUUAUCUUCCCAAACCCCGUCCUCCUCCUCUCUGCCCCCUGCAGCUCAGACCUCAGUGCAAGACCAAAACAUUGGCAAAGCCCACGUCCAACAGCCAGAGCCCUGUGUAAGAAAAAAUGCUCUUGCUGCUGCUGGUGUAAGCCAUCACAAUUCCCCUCCUAUGGAAGAGCCUUGCAUCUCUGCUGUCUCUAUGGUAAAGGACAUGCCAUGCUGUGCUAUUGUGCCACCUGUCUCUCUGGAUGUGAAUGCCAUUGAUAAGGGAGCAGCUGGUGGUUUGGCCUCUUCACAAACUAAUCAGCCCAAUCAGAAGGCCAGUCCUACUGGAGAACUACCCCUUCAACUGGCCUCCCAUCAGUCUGUGGUCCUGCAGCAGCCCUAUGCCACGUCCAUGCAGCCUGGUACAGUCACCUCCCAGCCCCAGAGUCCAGCACAUCAGAACUCCCAGAACUCCCAGUCAUCAAGUCACCAGCAGCCAGCAAGUGGAGGGACAGGGGAGUCGGACAGUGAGGGACCACGCAGGGUGGAGUUUGUUGACCGCACCAUUAAGACUUUGGAUGAGAAGCUGAGAAAUCUUUUGUACCAGGAGCAUGCUCCCUCUCAGCCCUCUGGCUCUGCGUCUGACCCCCAUGCCUCCAGCACAGAUGGGGUCACCUCACCACCAGUCUCAGACGGCCAGAGCACUGAGGGAGCACUUGCGAAAAAGAAGGGAGAGCCACUGCCGCAGAUUCCAGAGCGCACAGAUAGUGUGGGUGCACUAAGUGACUCUGCAGUGGCUGCCACCAACAAGAUUUUGAACAGAAAAGAUCUGACGGCUAACUCCAGUUCAUAUAGCUCCAAAAGCCGUUUUCAAAUUGUCCCCACUCCACCGGAUGUCAUUUGUCGUUUAGAGAAAAGCAAGAUGAGUCGCAGCAGCUGCACUUCCCCAGCACCCUCUAGUGGUUCUGGAGGGUCUCACAGCCAGACUCAGGGCCCAGACAGGAAAGAAAAGGGCUGUGUGGCUGCUGGCAGGUCCUCUUUGACAGCUGAAGAUGAAAAAGUAGGAACAUCCAAACCUCACAUCAGUAAUCGCUACUCUGCCCCACCUAACUUCUACCAGGCUACCCCAACUUCCAGCCCUGAUGUCACCCCAUGCCGUAUCCCACGGGCCCAGACCAUUGAUUCGCCAAUUCAUUACCAAUACUCCUCUCACCUCUACUCUGACUCAGCAGAUGAGGACAGCAGCAGUGUAGCCCUUGCGCCGGCCCACCCAGUUCCUCCGCCUCAUGCUUUGUCUGAGCACAGUGGAAGCGACCUCAUGAAGAGGGCAGUGGCCUUCCUGCGGCGCUCUGGUCGGAGCAAAAGUGAGCAGAGCUCUGAUUCACCGAGCCGACAGCCCGUGUCAAUGAAUGGUCACGCUCCCUCCCCUUCUGCAGGACAUGCUUACUCAUCCUACAUCAGCAGUGACAAUGACUCUGAGUUUGAGGAUGCAGAUAUGAGGAAAGAACUACAGAAACUGAGAGAAAAACACAUGAAGGAGAUCUCUGAGCUGCAGGCUUACCAGAGGAACGAGAUUGAGCGUUUGUACAAGGAACUGGGCAAAACUCUGCCCUCCAAUGUCGGACUACUUCAUGCUGCACCUCCGAGUGGCCGCAGGCGCAGGGCCAGCAAACACAAGCUAAAGGCUGGAAAACUGCUCAAUCCGAUGGUGCAGCAGCUCAGAAACAAUCUUAACACCACUGCUGCUGAGAGGAAAGGUGAGAGUGCUGCUAGUUCAUCUGGCUCUCCUGCUAAAAGUUCGAUUCUGUCAGAUGGCUCUGCCCACUCGAGUGGUAGCUCCAGCUCCAGCAGUCAGUCUAGAACCGCCCCAGAGCAGGUCCACACUCAGCAACCCUGUUCCCUGAAGGGCUCUUUCUCCUCAGACAACAUCUAUGCUGGGGGGCUACACAGUGACGGAAUGACUAACCAAGCAGGACCUGGCCAAGGCUGGACGGUUUACCACCAAACGUCAGAGAGAGUCACCUAUAAAUCUAGUAGCAAACCACGCACUAGAUUCCUCAGUGGACCUGUGUCUCUGUCCAUCUGGUCCACUCUGAAACGACUAUGUCUAGGCAAAGAACGCAGUAGUAGGUCGUCUCUCGGCACCACCACAGCUCAGACAGCCUCCAGUCAGACGCAGCCAUCACUCACCACGGCCGCAGCCACAGCCACGGCCACACCCUCUCCAUCACCUCAGCCACUCCCCAGGCUCGCUCAGGUCCAGACCAACAACAGCAACAACAAGAAAGGCACAUUUACUGAUGACCUUCACAAACUGGUAGACGACUGGACGAAGGAGACUGUAGCGGCGGCCCAUCAGCCACGCCCCUCCCUGAAUCAGAUCAAACAACAGAGACGCCAGCAGGACCUGGAAGGCAAAGCUCCACCAAUGGGAGCAGCUACAUAUGAGAUGAAAUGCCAUGUUCGUCCCAGCAAGUUCCAGCUGCCUCUUUCCUGCCCCCUGACUGCUGCUUUAAGCCCCGGUAUGCCCACAACCCUAGGUCCCAACUCCACAGCAAUGCUCCCUCCUGGGUACCUUUUGCCAGCAGGUUCUUAUGGCGGGAUGGCUCCCAGUCCUCUUUACCCCCAGCAGUGGCCUGGCUUGCCUAGUCCUGUAGGGUCUGUGGGUCCUGUAGGCCUGCUUGGUGCUGCAAGAAUGAUGCCCUACGCCACAAUGGCAAAUCCAGGGAUCCAAGCCUACCCUCUGGCCAUGCACAACCCAGAGAAUGGCCCUUGUCAGAAAACCACUAGGACUACUUAUUCUGCUAACUAAAUAUAUCGUUGGUGUGUACGGGCCGGAAAGUCCAACUCCACUCUGUUCUGAUUCACCAGAGUCACAUAUGUACAUAAUCUGAUCUUGUAAAUAACUUGAUGCAAGUGUUGAUGUCUGUAGUAACUUGUGUGUGUGGAUGUAUGUGUGUAUAUUAUACAGUACAUGUUCAGUAUGUAUGUCUGAAUACCUAAUGCUUUUUAGCUUUGGUCUUGACUAAACUCAGCCAUACGAGACAUUUUGUCCGCUGUCACGAAAACAUAUUUCACCAUAUUCUUUGUUACUGCAUUUAUUUUGCCUUUCUCUACAGUUACGUACACUUUAAACACUACAUUGGAAUCCAAAAACCAGUGGCUUGAGAUACAGUAACAGGACAGUAUUUAUGACGAAAGUAUUUGAAGGAAUGUAGUGCCUUGAACAUUUUUUUUCUCUUCUGUGAAACAAAGCAUGUCUGCAUCCAAGUUAUUUUAUUUGAUGGUAGCUUGAGUGCAGUCUCCUUUUUUUUUAAUGCAUUACAGACACUUUUGUUUUUGGUUUACAUGUGAAUGCCCUUGUAGUACUGCACUAUUAACACAGUAUAUGCUCUUAUUUAAAUAAUAAAAUCAUGUUUUAACCCUUGUUUACUUUCCACCCCUGUGACAGAUGGAAUGCCAUAGUGGUGAGAUGUACCGUUGCCUUGCAGAAACAAAUGAUUAAUGUGCGACUGAUAAGAGAAGGAAGAGAAAAAAGGAAAAAAAAAAAAAAAGCCAGCAGCCAAAAUCCACUCUUUCAGGUCAAAUGGUUCAGUGGGACACAGCCUCUUUUGCAUGGGACAACAGAUGUGUUGGACCGCACAUGAGUUGGCAGUGUUGUAGCCUCGUGCUAGGAAAGGCGGUGUCCAGAGCCAUGUAUACUGUACAUAGUUGUUUCUACAGUAUAUGCCUCUGGUAGUAUUCUGAUCAGAAUGUAGCAAUUAAUAUGUGAAGGCUUGAGGCUUAAAAGUGCAAUUUAACCCCUCCACAAAGCUUUGAUCGUGGCCUUGCCACAAGCCUUAUCUCUGAUGUGUGCGACAGGAGCAAGCUGAAAAGUUGAACAAAAGUUACAAAAUCACACCAAGCGACAGACAAGCAAAGGAUAAACAUUACACAGCACCAAGCAAACUCUGAAUUCACUACUGCUUAGAUGUUCUUUCAACUUGGCUGUCCUAGUACCCAGCAUACACUGUAUGUGAAAUGUUUUGUGCAAUCACCAGUUGAGUCUGAUAAUUGAAAAUUAUUUUAUGUUUAAAGCUUGAUUUCCCCCCCUCCCUUUUUUUUUGAUGCUGCUAUUAUCUGAGGUAAUUCCACUGUACAUUUAAGCAUUAUAUUCACGUUAGAUGGUACUUAAAAAUAAAAAACUCCUCAAAUUAAAUUAACAGAUGAGACACUCAUAAAGCAGUGUUAUUGCCUUGUUGAACUUUUGAUGUGUUUGUUCCCCAGCCUCUUUUUUUUCUUUUCUUUUCAUUUUCUUAUCUGUAAUAUAUUGCAAAAUUCAAAUGAUACUUGAUGUGGGAGAUUUGCACAACUUAUAGUCUCCCAAAACUCUAACCUAUGGUAAAGAGUUUCCUACACUGUAUAUAGUGGGUUUCAUCGCCUGUAAUUUUAUAUCACUGACAAGCAUGGCCAACUUUUCGUGUUCCACAAAACAAUGAUAAAACAAUACAACUGCUACGGUUAGAAAUUUCACAUUGCCACAACACAUUUGAAACGUUUCAGCACCCCAAUCCUGCCAAGCUGUGAAUUGUACAGUUUUCUUGUAGUUUAUAUUUGUACAUUCUGUUUGUUUGACUGUGUAGGGGUGGUGGAGGGGUUGCUUUGAUGUAUAUUAUUCCAUCAAUUCGGUUUGAAUUGGACUUUUAUAGGAUAUUAUGCAGAUUCUUCUGCUUUGGUGAAAUACUUCCAGUAGUAAGAGAUUUCUGUUCUCUGUCACUUGUACCUGGUAUAUUUUGUUCCACCUCCCCCGCUGUUAACUCAUGAUGGUGAGCAGAGGAGGGAAUAACUAUCGUUGGCAUAUUCAUGUGGAUGCAGUGAUCAAAUGGAGCUGAAAUGCACAGAGGAGGACCAGCCCUGACACUCUGCUCAUCUCACUCCUCUCUCUGGACUGCAUUGCCCCCUGGUGAAUAUGCUGUGAUUGUCAAAAGCUUGUCUUUAAAAACUGUGUGGGAUUGCUUCUGCCUGCUGUAUGUCCCACUGCAUUACCCCACCCUAUCCUGCUGCACUCUAAUCACAGACUGUAUGUUGAGAGAGAAAUAAAUAUUAUUUUGUGCUUGA